AACAGAAUCCACGUGACAGAAUCAUAAUCAUGUGAUGUUAUUGCUGUAAACAAAAAGAAAGUACAACAGUGUUCACCUCACACAUACAUAUUUACAACUAGAAGCGACAAUGAUGCAGGUUUUUCUGGUUUGCGUUUGUUUGACAGGGCUAGUCCUGGGAAUACCACAUAAUUUUGAACUUCCUAAACUAAAAGACGACGGAGUUCACUGGGCUUUGUUAGUUGCAGGCUCAAAUGGAUGGAUGAACUACAGACAUCAGGCUGAUGUUUGUCAUGCUUAUCAAGUACUAAAGAAUCAUGGAUUACCAGAUGAGAGAAUUAUUGUUAUGAUGGUUGACGACAUAGCCAACAAUAAAGAAAAUCCACAACCAGGAGUUAUCAUUAACCAGCCAGAUGGACCUGAUGUAUAUCAAGGAGUUCCAAAAGACUAUACAGGAUUAAAGGAUGUUACUCCAGAUGUAUUCCUGGAUGUAUUACAAGGUGAAAGUAAAAAAGUGAAGGGUAAAGGUAGCGGCAAAGUUAUAAAUAGUGGACCAAAUGAUCAUAUCUUUGUAAAUUUUGUUGACCAUGGAGCACCAAACUUGAUUGCUUUUGGAGAAAAAUUUCUCCACAGUAAAGAUCUGAUGAAAGUUUUAAAAGAAAUGCAUCAAGAACAGAAAUUUGCAAAGCUUGUGUUUUACCUGGAGUCUUGUGAAUCUGGAUCUAUGUUUAAAACUCUUUUACCUAAAGAUAUAAACAUCCUUGCAUUGUCAGCAUCUAAUUCAUCUCAGUCAUCUUAUGCCUGUUAUUUCGACAAAAAGAGGAAGACUUAUUUGGGAGAUGUGUUUAGUGUAAUGUGGUUACAGGAUUCUGACAAGGAAAAUUUAAAUUCUGAAACAAUCCAGGAUCAGUUUAAAAUGACAAAGAAGAAGACAAACACCAGCCAUGUGAUGGAGUUUGGAGAUAAGUCAAUUGGGCAAAUGACAGUGGCUGAAUUCCAAGGAAAUCAGCAAGCUAACAACAUUGUAUUCCCAGCACCUGAUCCAACUAUAGAUGCAGUAAAAGCUGAGGAUGUUGAAAUGGAAGUACUUAGAAAUUUAUGGCUCUUGUCAACAGAUGAGCAUGAGAGAGAACAGCUGAUGUCACAGCUUUCUGGCUUAGCUCUAAAAAGAUCUAAGAUAAAUAGAUUAGUGAAGGAGAUUAUCAGUAAAACAGUGGACCAUGAUCACCAGACAGUUACCAGUAUCAUGGAGGACACUGUUGACCUUUAUAAUCAUGAUUGUUACAUUCAAACUGUGGAGUAUUUGAGAGAUACAUGUCAUGACCUUGACCUUCCAAAUUUCCAGUACUCUCUCAGACGACUUUAUGCUUUUGUUAACCUGUGUGAGCGCAACAAGUAUUCAUUUGCCACCAUUAAAUCUGCAAUAGACAAAACAUGUUAGUGGACCAAAAAUACAGUAGACGAAAAUGGACAUAAUAUUGAAUACCAGAGUGCUAUUAACUUUAUUUGAAUCAUCCGAUAUAUCACUUUUUGCAGAGGAGUGUUGUUUCGAUUUAUUAUUAAUAUUAUGUAUUUCCGUUCAAUUCUUACUAUUGGAAGGUUGUAUGUUUAUUUACAAAAAAUAAUACCGGUUUAUAUAUACUGAUUUUGUAUCAUUUUUAAACAUUUAUCAAAAUUUUCCUUGAAAUGGCAUUAUCUUUGCUUCGAUACUGGGAGCAAUAAUAAUUUUCUUCCUUUUUAUGUUUUUGUAAUACAAUGUCAAAAUAUAUUUUCUAUUCACAAAAUACUUUAUAUAUUUGUAUAUGCAGGCUGUGUUAUGAAUUGAUAUUUAAUCUUAGUGUAUAGUAAUAAUAAUAUCAGUACAGAACAUCAGGAGGAGCUUGGACUUCUGAAGGAUAUUGUAACAAGCCAAUAUUUAAAAAUAAAUAUUUAAUUA